AUGAUCCUCACAUUCUUGGGGUUCCUCGCGCGCGUGGGGGUCUUCAUAUCAGCCAUCAUAACACUCGGUCUCAACGGAAAGUUCUUCACGAAUACGGACUACAGCGACGACCUUCUCAUCUACAUCAUCGCCCUCGCCUCGUUCAGCGCCUUAGCAUGCCUUGUCCCACCGUACCCGAACUUCGUCUAUGAUUUGUUCUGGGCCCUAGCGAAUGCAAUCUGUGCGGUGUUUGCAUUGGUUGUUCAGUUUAUCGACUCCGAGUGCUAUGGAUUUCGAGCGGAUAAUGGCGUGAAAUGUGCGACGUACAAGGCUGGCACGGCGUUUACGUUUUUGUUGGCGUUGGCGUGGUUUGCUAGUGCUUUCUUCGGUGGUCUACGGAUCUUGGGCGUCGUAUUCAAUAUCGGGCAAUAUGCGAGUCGUCCCCUCUACAUUCAAGGAGCUGAGGAUGAUAAGGAAGCUAAAGUAAAGAACGGAGACAACGUAGAGCCGGAAAAGAAGAAGAAGAUCAAGGGCUACGGGAACAAUCAUGUCGCCCGGUACUUCGUUUGCUACGGCCUUCUCGGUGUUGCCCUUCUCGCUGCUGGGCUUCCCCUUCUAAUCAUAUACGCCGCUCCGGCAUUCGCAAUCUACCUCCUCGACCACGUUCCCAUCCCAAACGUCCAAGUAAACCUGCUGAACCCAACCAACGACAGCAUCCAGUUCUCCGUUCUCAGCGACAUCAAAGUCCCCGACGCCGUGAGCGUCAGGUUCGACCCCAUGCAGGCGUUAUUCUUCCGCGCCGAAACGAAGGACGACCCGAUUCCGAUUGCAACGGUUGACCUGCCGAGUCUCAAGUUCGCGGCCAACGAGAGAGUUUCUCUUGUUAAUCAGAGCCUCAAACUUGGUGAUGUCGAUCAAUUCGCGGCCCUCGUUGAGGAUGUUGCGUAUAAUCCGACGUUCAGGGUUGCUGGACAGACGAAGACGAGGGUUCAUGUUGGGACGCUGGGCACAACUGUUGAUUUGUUGAAGGUUGUCUCUUUGCCAGGAUUCAACAACUUCCCUAACCUCUGGAUCAAUGAAAUCGGAGUCAUGCCGCCAGAUGAUCAGGGCAACAACGUCUACGGCGAAGUCGUCGUGUUCAACCCUGCGCCGGCUACUGUGACGCUUGGCGAAGUAACCCUCGGCGUGAUCCUCGCAGACCUAACAGUCGGCCAAGCCACCGUCGCCGUAAACGACAUCGUCCCAGGGAACAAUACCUUCGUCGUCCGCGCAAAGCUAAACACCGAACUAGUCGAAAACAACAUUAACGAGAUCAUAAAGUCCGAGAUUCCGUACCUCAAAGAAGGAAAUGUCAUCGCAACCGCAACCGGUAUCUCCGUCGUCUAUAAUGGGCAGCACCUCGAGUACUGGGAAAAGGCGUUCCAGACGAUCCGCGUCAGUGCGACGAGGCCGGUCAAGGAGAUUCUGAAUAUGGUUGUUGACAGCGGUGUUAGUUUUAUUUUGGGAGGGAUUAAGCCGGGGGAUGGGCUGGAGACGGUCGUUAAUAACUUGGUUGAUCAGAUUUUGGACACGGUUAGGGGGCUGGAUGAGAAUGAUGUCGAUGGGUAUACGGAGAACUUGGCGGCGCUGGGGAAGUUGGUGUUGAGGUUGUUGACUUUCCUGGGAAUUCUGUAG